GUCGUGAAUCGAACAUUCUAGAUCAACAGUUGAGUGUUAAUGCAGUAGCUAUGAGUAUGUGGGUGGUGUUGUUAGUCCUGUGUGCUUCAAGAGUGGAUGCUAAAUUACCUGAACAAGAAGACCAGGGAUCUACAGGAGAGCAUGAGUUGGACGAAAGCUUGGAGAAGAUAGGCGCAACAGUGACGCAGGUGUACGAACACCCGUACGCCGCUACCCUGAACAAGAAUGACACCUACAUCUGCAGUGCUGUUGUACUCAACACGUAUUGGCUGCUGACACUGUCCAAAUGCUUCGAUAAUGGCGUCAUAACAUCCUAUGUGACACAUAAGAAUCUCAGCAAUUACACUGUAAGAGCCGGCAGUUCGUACAACAACAAGGGCGGCUCUCUCCAUAAGGUAAAAAUGCUUAUUAACAACUUUGAUCUUCGAGUGUCGGCUGCUAAAUUGGAGACUCCUAUGGUGUUCAGCUCUCAAGUACAAAAUAUAAGGCUGCCUGACGUAGAUGAUGAAGUGUCGCUCGGAUUCUUAGCCUCCAUCAUCGCAUGGACUCCUAGUGGGCAUAUGAGAGUAGUGAACGCUCCGGUCAUUGACGCUUCAAUAUGCGAGGUUGACACCAAGAUGCUACCAGGGCAGUAUGUUUGUGUAGGAGGUGUUCAAGAUCCUAACAGACAUUUUUGCAGGAGAGACAACGGAGGAGCGGUCAUCCAAAACAACACGCUAGUAGCCAUAUCUGCCUUCCUCAACACAUGCGCUCUCUAUUCCAAGACACACGCCUUCCCCAAGGUCGCCACCUUCGUACGCUGGCUGGACUCCAUCAUAUGGGACGAGGAUCAACGCCCUACAUCCACAGAAUUACCCACUUCAAUGACGUCGACGAAGAAACCAUCCAAUCCCACCAGAUCUUACAACCAGGCUUACGAUCCUGCGAAAUUCAUGUUAACACUACCUUUCGAUCCGAUUAACGUGCCAUUGGAACCUGCAGAAAAUAAUUCAGUACUGCCAGGCAUGAGUUUAUAUGAGGCGUAUCUACAGAGUAUAGCUAGAGCGAAGACCACGACGACCGUAGGGGUUACCACCACAGAACACAAAACGGAACGCAGUCCACCAUUCAACAAGGCCAUGAUUGCUCAACACAUCUACAGAACUAUGCCCAACAAGAAAUUCGAUCGAUUUUGGUAUUGAUGGAUAAAAUGACCAAUGGAGAGGAUGAUAAAGGCUUAUGAAACAAGACGUAUUUCUUUCUGCAUCGCCGUCAUAUUCACGGAGGUAACUAUAAAUUAAGUGUUGUGUGUAUGUUUGUAUAUUAAUGUAAAUAAAUAUCGAAAUAGUUUUUAAAUAAAUCAA